AUGUUAUUUGGUAUUUCUAUUAUCAUUAUUUAUUUUUCUUUGGUUAACAGUCUAUUAAAUGGUACUGUUAACCGUCAAAUUCGUCCUCUAACAUCGUUUUCGUUCGAUGAAAUUAUGGUUGAUGGUGCAUUCGAUGUUUAUCUAACUCAAACAUUAAAUGGAACGUCUAAUCCUACAGUAGAAAUCGAAACAAAUCCUGAUAUUCAAGAGCAUAUUAUUGUUGAAAUAAUUGAAAAUCAUAUUCUUUCAAUUCAUAUUAAAGGUCCAUUAAUGAUUAAUGAUAAUAUUUAUGCUUAUAUUCGAUUUCCUUCACCAUUACGUCGUUAUACAAUUAAAGGUACUGGUAAUACACAAACAGAUGAUAAUGGAAUCUCAAAUCAAGCUAUUGACACAUUUAUCUUAGAUAAUCGAGGUGUAGCUAAUGUUGCUAUGCGAUUAAAUGUUACUAAAUUUGAAGUGUAUUUUACUGGUACAGGUAAUAGUCGUUUCUGGGGUGUAGUACGACAGGAUGCUUUAUUCGAUGCGAAAGGUGUUGGUGAUAUUAAUGCAUUGAAUUUAUUAACUAAAACAGCUCAUGUACAAUCUAUGGGAGUUAGUAUUGUACGAGUAUCAGCUACAGAUGAUAUUCAAAUAGAAGUAACUGGUGUUUCAAACGUUUACUAUCGCUUACCUGCCGGAAAAAAACCCAGUAAAGCAAUUUCAACUGGACUCGGAAAAAUUGUACCUAUUUCUUAG